AUGGCCGGCAAGAGGAAGCGAGCCGCCGCGCGCCAUUCGAACGUGGUCGCCGGGAAGGCAGCAGCAGCGGCCACCACGGUGUCGGCGCGCCUUCGACGCUCGGAGACGACGGCGCACGACACCUACGUCGUGCGGGUCGGAGACAUCCACGUCGUCACCACCGUGACCGCGCGCCCGGCCGUGGCGCGCCCCGGUGGGUGUGCGCCACGCUGUGGCGUCACCGCCGCCGCCUCCGCUCCGGCGCCGGGCUCACCAUCGGCAUGGGGUGCAGUGGAGGCCGCCGUUCCGCGCGCUCGCCGGCGGCGCCCGGGCACGCUGCAGCUCUGCGUCGGGCGCCGGUGCCUCGUGUUCCAGAUCGCUCGGGCGGCCGCCGCCAACGGCGUCCCCGCCGCGCUCCAGCGGUUCCUGGCCGACAACGGCGUGGCGUUCGUGGGCUACGGCGUCCGCUCCGACUGCCGCAAACUGGCCGCCCACCAUGAAGGAGUGCGGGUGGCGUGCACGCGCGAGCUCCGCUCCGUGACCGGCAUGGGCAACGCGUCCAUGGAGCGCAUGGCGGAGGAGCUCCUCGGGCUCGCCGGGAUGAAGAAGCCGGUGACGGUGAGCCGGAGCAGGUGGGACGCGCCCAAGCUGUCAAAGAAGCAGGUGAAGUACGCGUGCGUCGACGCCUUCCUCUCCCUCCGCCUCGGCGUCCAUGUCGGCGUCACGCCUUCCUCUUCUUCCGACUAG